CCCCACCCAGCCUGCAGACCCUUUGGUCUGCAGCUGUCGCCCUAGCCUCAGCCGCAGCCACCACUGGCUGGAGAGGUGCUCUGACCACACUUUUCCAGGUGUGCGACUUAAUUGGUCUGCGUAGCCCGAGCUUUCUCCUUCCGGUCCUCAGCUAAGACCGCUGCCAUGCCUGUGACAGUAACACGCACAACCAUCACGACUACAACAUCCUCAAGCCUGGGAUCCUCUACCAUCGUGGGAUCCCCUCGGGCACACCAGCCUCUGGGCCUCCUCCGCCUGCUGCAGCUGCUGUCCACUUGUGUGGCUUUCUCCCUGGUGGCCAGUGUGGGCGCCUGGACGGGGCCCAUGGGUAACUGGUCCAUGUUCACCUGGUGCUUCUGCUUCGCCGUGACCCUCAUCAUCCUCAUCGUGGAGUUAGGUGGGCUUCAGGCCCGCUUCCCCCUGUCCUGGCGCAACUUCCCCAUCACCUAUGCCUGUUAUGCUGCCCUCUUCUGCCUCUCGGCCUCCAUCAUCUACCCCACCACCUAUGUGCAGUUUAUGUCUCACGGCCGUUCCCGGGACCACGCCAUUGCUGCCACCACCUUCUCCUGCAUUGCGUGUGUGGCUUAUGCCACCGAAGUGGCCUGGACUCGGGCAAGGCCCGGCGAGAUCACUGGCUACAUGGCCACUGUGCCGGGGCUGCUCAAGGUGCUGGAAACCUUCGUUGCCUGUGUCAUCUUUGCCUUCAUCAGCGACCCCAAUCUGUACCAGCGUGAGUCGGCCCUGGAGUGGUGUGUGGCAGUGUAUGCCAUCUGCUUCAUCCUGGCGGCUGUGGCCAUCUUACUGAACCUGGGGGACUGCACCAACAUGCUGCCCAUCCCCUUCCCCAGUUUCCUGUCAGGCCUGGCCUUGCUGUCUGUCCUUAUGUAUGCCACUGCCCUUGUCCUCUGGCCUCUCUACCAAUUCAAUGAGAGAUAUGGUGGUCAGCCCCGACGAUCGAGGGAUGUGAGCUGUGCUUACAGACACCCUCACUCUGUGUGUCCCUGGGACCGCCGACUGGCUGUGGCCAUCUUGACGGCUGUCAACUUGCUGGCGUACUUGGCUGACCUGGUAUACUCUGCCCGCCUGGUAUUUGUCAAGGUCUAAGACUCACAGGGGCUCCCGUGUCCUUCUUCCCAACCACUUCAUUCUUCUCACCUCAGUUUUCAGUACUGAGUCCUUCUCUCCCUUUUCUUACUUGAAUUCACUCUUCUUUGUAUUUUCCACCUGAUUCAUUGUGCUGUUUUUCUGAUUUCUUUUUCUCUUGUUAUGUCCUUCCCUUCCUGUUUGGUUGCUCACAUCCUGUUUUGCCUCUGAGCUGUAUCUCCACACCUGGCCUCUUAUCUUUUCUUCCCAAAAUCUCUGAUCUGGUUUUCUCAUCUGCCUGUUUCCUGACCACAUCUUCCUAUUUCCUCGGGAGCCCUGAAAUGUCUUGUUGCGUCUUCCCCCACCCCACCUCCAAAGGUGCUGGCUCCACACAUCCACGCCCCUUUGCAACUUUUCAUGCCAUGGUUCUCCCUGUCUAGGAGCCUUGUUGCCAAAGCAUGCCUGCCUGCCCUAGCUGUGCCUUAGUUUUGUGUGUGUGUGUAUGUGUGUGUGUGUGUGUGUGUAUUGGGGUAAGGGGGUGGGCAGCUAGGGGUUGGUGCCCUUUCUCUCAGUAGAGGAGGGUAUAUGGCGCACCUCCCCUUUAAGUUUAAAAAAAAAAAAUCUCUGGAGGUCAAUAAUUCCCAGUGGGUGGGAGGCUUUAAGCACAGACCAUGGGUCCCUAGACCCCAGCCUGGCACUUAGCCUUGCCUGAACUUGACUCUAGAAUUUUUGUCAGGCUUACCAAAAAACCCACUGCCUAGAGGCCACCCUAAAUGAAGCAAGGGGUGGAUCCUUUCAUCCCAACUCUUAUCUCUUCUAUCAAAAAAAACCAAAAAAAAAAAGAGCCAGUCAAAGAACCAUAUGGUCUUGAAGACAACUCUGUGAAGUAUUUGUGAGGGUCAGUUAUGUGGCCCUCCAGCCUCAGUGUUAAAAAUAACAUAGCCUGCUUUGGCAAGGAUGAAAAGAAAAUGGCCUCUGCCGGCCUUAAAGGCAAAAUUAGGCUGUUUUUUUUUUUUUCCCCCUCUCUCUUUUUUCUUUUUCCUGGUCAUGAGGGUGAAGAUUACUAAAUAGCCCUGUUUUUCAAGGAAGAAUUUUUUUUGUUUUUGGGCUGGGAGGAGGGGGAGAUAGAGAUUACUGUUGCCAUAGCCAGAGGAAUAGCAAUGCUUGAGUGUGUGCUGCACUGCAUGUGUGUCUCUGUGCUAGUUGCUCUUUGCUGCUGCUUCCUGCUUCUCUGGGACUCACAUGCAUAACAUGAUAUAUAUAAAUAUAUAAAUAUAUAUUUUAUUUUUUUUUAACUCCCUGGAGCUUUUGAUUCUGAUAGCUCCUGCUGUCAUAGCAGCCUUGUCCCUCCCCCCACUCCCACAUCCAUAAUGUGUUUUUUUUUUUUAA